AUGGAUUCACAUCGUAUGAUUAAUGAAUCUACCACAUCAACAUUUGCAAUUAAAAAUCAAGAAUCAUUCAAAGUCGAACAAAAUAAUACACAGAAAAAUGAUAAACCUUUAUCAUUAAUCUUAUCAUUGAGAAUAAAUGAUCGAUUCUUAUUACAAAAUCAAACGAUCGAUGAAAAACAAUGUCCAAGCAAUCAUCAAUCGAAUUUAGAAAUCCUUUCAACUAUUGAUGAUACAACAUCAAUUGAAGAUUUUAAUAGAACUAAUAAACAUUUGAUAAAUACGAACAAUAGAAAUCAAUCUAUCAUUUCUCUGAAUAAUAAUGCAAACAAAUCUUCAUUAUCAGAAUCAUCAUUCACUACUACAAAUGAUAGAUUUCAACCUGCACAAACUUCAUCAAAUGAAAUUGAUAAUAAAGAACAAUCAAUAAAAAUUACAUCAGACUGUGUACCUUCGCUUACAUUAUCUCUAACAAGAAAGCCUGAAUCUAUUUUAAAUCUACGAGAUAUUCUCUCAAGUACUAUUCUCGAAACAUCAUCUAUUAAUCAAUUAACAUCAAGUAGUAACUCUAAUGAACUUUUACAAACUAUUCCAUUAUUAAUUUCUACAGUAUUAAAAAAUCAUUACACAUCACAACGAAUUGCAUCAGAAAUAUCUGAUAAACCAUCUACUGCAUUAAAUUUGACUAGAGAUGAAAUUAUUAUGUUGAACAAUCUUUCUGAAGCCAUAAAUAAAAUAAUUCAAAAAGAAUUUCUAACUAAUCUUCCUUUAAACAUUGAAAUAGAAGAUUCAAUACCAAUAUCAGCUAAACAACUUGAAAUAACUGAACGUAGAAAACAACGUUAUAAACUUCAACGAGAAAUAAUUAAUAGUGCGAAAAAAGUAUUAAAACCAGCAUUUAAAAAACAAGAUAUAACAAAACAAGAGUAUAAAAAAAUAAUGAAAAAAGUUGUUACAAAAUCUAUGUAUUCUCAUAAAGUUAAUCAUAAAUCAAUUCGUAAAAUGGUUGAUGCUUAUAUUAAAAAAUAUCAAUCAUUACAUCAUCAUCAUCAUCAUAGUAACUCACUGAAAUAA